CUUCGCCUUCAGUCGAGUUCCGUGCGCGAAACAGGCACUUUGCGGCGGACUACAUUCAACCGCAACGAUCACAUGUGCUCUCGUGACCUUUCUUGUGCGCGCUGCAGGAACGAGACUUUUUUCUGAAGGCCAAUGCGGUACCCUUCCGGACUAGCCGCGAAAAACCCGAAGAAUCAGUGUUUGACGUUUUGGUCCUUCGAGCCGGAUCAACCCAGUGGCGCCCCAGGAAAACCCUUCAGUGUCAGUGAAAGUGUUCAAGUGCCGUAACACCGGAUUAAUCCUGCGUCAGUGCGUAAAUCCGAAAAACGGAUCCUUGUUGUUCCUCGAACCACCGGCCAUGUUGCAUACCAGGUAAAGCGAGAUAGCUUUCGCGGCAUCGACGUGCGUGCCCGAGCGAGAGGGACUUAGUUCUCCAGAGGCUAAACGAGUUCGUGGACGGGGCGAAGAGGUGAGGAAUGCUAGAGAACCGCAGCAUCUAACAUAGACACACACACAUAUAAACACACACGUGUCGACCGAAAUGUCCGUCUAAUUUCGGCGAUUUCAUGGAGACUUCAACGUCCGGCCAAGCGACGAAAUUUGGAGAUACCGACGAUCGGUAAAGCGACGAACCGAGAGAGACUUUUCGUUGUUUGUUUAGAAAUGUUAUUGUUAUCGAGCUGAAAUGAACGUCAUGUGCGAAAUUUAUAGACUUCUAAUCGCUACGGGGUUCCUGCUGUUAGUCGGGGCUCAAGGACCUGGCCCUGGACCGGGCAAGAAACAUUUCAAUCGUGAACUGUCCCAUUAUGAUUACACACCUCAAAUGCAGUCUAGAGCUGUCGAUACCAGGGUUACUUUAGAAAUAGCAGAAGGCCAACCUAAAAAUACGAUAGUUGGACGAAUCCCACUAAAACCUGGAUUCACAUACCGUUUCAACGAACCUCCUAAAGAAUUUUCCCUUAAUUCCGUAACAGGGGAAAUCCGCACCAACGUAAUCCUGGACAGGGAAAGCUUAACAAACGAUAGAUAUGACCUAGUUGUCCUAUCAAGUCAGCCAACCUACCCCAUAGAAGUGAGGAUAGUAGUUACGGAUAUAAAUGACAAUGCUCCUCAAUUUCCAGAACCUGUCAUUGCUAUUUCGUUCUCUGAAAGUGCAGCAUCGGGAACACGUUUACUCCUAGAUGCUGCCACAGAUGAAGAUUCAGGAGUCAACGGUGUAAGCGAUGAUUACAGGAUAGUGGCUGGUAAUAAAGAUGAUAAAUUCAAACUGGUAGUAACAGCGAAUCCUUCAGGAGAUACAUCUUACCUCCACAUUGAAACCACUGGAAAAUUAGACAGAGAAACUCAGGGUUUUUACAUGUUGAACAUAUCUGCCAGAGAUGGUGGAAUACCAACCAGAUAUGGAUUCCUUCAAGUCAACAUAACAAUUCUGGAUGUCAACGAUAAUCCUCCUAUUUUUGCCCACAGCGAUUACAUCGUUUCUUUGAACGAAAGUGUCCCACCAGGAACUUGGGUGUUGUCGGUGAUGGCUACAGACAACGAUUUUGCAGAUAACGCUAAGAUAACCUACUAUUUAUCUGAUAUGGAAACUCAGUUUUCCGUGGACCCAGAAACUGGAAGCAUCUCCACCACAGAACUUCUAGAAUGUCCUCAGCAAAACUGUCCACAAGUGUCAACAAAGUCCGGUUCUUGCCCUAAAUCCUGCGUAUUCACCGUUUUUGCCAGGGACCACGGAACACCUCGACAAGUAGGCAGGACCUACGUAACCGUGAAUUUAUUGGAUGCUAAUGAUCACGAUCCAAUAAUAAAAUUCAGGUACUUCCCAGCCACUGCCGGUUUUGCCACUGUUGACGAAAAUGCAGGAAAUGGAUCAGUUGUUGCUGCUGUAUCUGUAGCCGAUCCCGACGAAGGACUAAACGGCGAAACAAUAGUCAGGAUCGUGUCAGGAAACGAGUUGAACCAUUUCAGACUAGACUACACUCCAAGCUUCGAUAUUGUCAGAGUUAAUGGCGUUUUGGACAGAGAAGAAAUAUCCAAAUAUAACUUGACUGUUGUAGCAACAGAUAAAGGUUCACCACCGAGAACAGCAACAGCUUUCUUGAUCAUCCACGUGAAUGACGUCAACGACCAUGAACCAGUGUUUGAAAAGACUGAAUAUUCUGCCAUAUUGAGUGAACUUGCACCUUCUGGUACUUACGUAGCAGGUAUCACAGCCUCAGAUGAAGAUUCAGGGGUGAACGCACAAAUAUUUUAUGCCUUUGUGUCCGGCAACGACCAACAAUGGUUCUCCAUAAAUCCUGAAUCAGGACUUAUCACUACCAGAACAGCGCUUGAUAGAGAGCUGCAAGGUGCGGUCGAACUGAACAUUUCAGCCAAAGACGGAGGUCCUAACCCUAAAUGGGCUUAUACCCAACUGAAAGUAACGAUCCUCGAUGAGAAUGAUGAGGCACCCCAAUUUUCCCAGAAUGUCAUCAACGCCAGUUUAUCAGAAAGUGAACCUGGGGGUAGUUUGGUGGCUAUGUUGACUGCUUCAGAUCACGAUCAAGGUACCAAUGGAAGCGUUAUCUACUCUUUACAUGGAUCAGUGACUCAAAGAUACCCAAAUACUUUCUCCUUGGAUACUCUUACUGGACAAUUAACGACAAUGAGACAGUUGGAUAGAGAAGAAAUCUCAUCGUUCAAGAUAUUGGUGGUUGCGAAAGAUCAAGGUAUCCCAUCUAAAUCCUCAACGGCAACAGUUUACUUGAAUGUUCUGGACGUAAACGAUAACAACCCUGAAUUUUAUCCUUCGAGAUAUUUUGCGGCAGUGUCUGAAGAUACAAAGAUUGGCGCGUCGUUGUUGAAAGUCACCGCAACAGAUCAAGAUGAAGGAGAGAAUGGCAAGGUGACGUACACCAUGGAAAGCGGAGAUAAGAAUUUGUUUCAUUUAGACCAGAUCACCGGCAUCGUAUCUCUCAGAGGAAACCUGAGGAGCUUCAGUAAGUCUAUUUAUAAGUUGAAAAUCUCCGCUAAGGACCACGGCGAAAAGAGUGCAAUAGAAAUGGCGACUGUUGAGAUCAUGAAAGAGGUGUACAUGGAGGAACUGCAUUUCGAUAAUUAUGGAGGUUACGAUUUUCAGAUUGUUGAGGAUAGUUUGGAUUAUAAGAAACGGAGUGUCGGUACUGUGCGUGUUAGGAACAGUCAUGCUAGUUAUUCCAUAAUGGACGGUGACCGUAAUAAAAAUUUCGCGAUAGACGAAAGAACUGGUGAAAUAACGACAGCGAAAAAGAUCGAUCGUGAACAGAUCUCUUCGUACAGCCUGACAAUAGUGGCCCACGAUGGACUAUCUUUCGGCAAAACGGUAGCCAACGUCGUGAUACUCGACCUCAACGAUAACAAACCAGUAUUCGUACGCGAUAACGAUGAAAUAAAAUUACCGGAAAAUCUGGCUGUCGGACAAGAAGUGUAUCUCGCACGUGCAAGGGACGUGGACGCUGGCAUCAACAGCAAAUUGACGUACAGUUUGGGAUUCAACUCGGACAAUCAGUUCAGGAUAUCGGAAGCCACUGGUGUUAUAUACUUGAGCCGACCCAUUAGGGCCGAACCUGGAACGGUACUUCUGGUGGAGGUCAUGGCCACCGACGGCGCCGACCAGCCUCUGUCUUCCAAACACACCAUUUCUAUCGUCAUCGAAGACGUGAACGAUCACACUCCCGUUUUCGAUCACACCUCCUACGAGACUUCCUUGUUGGAAUCUACGCCAGUUAAUGAGAGGUUCUUCGCAUUGGCAGCCACUGAUGACGAUUUAGGCCUCAACGCACACAUUUCUUACGAAAUAACAGAAGGAAACGCAGAAGGAAAAUUCGGAGUCUUCCCCGACGGGUUCCUCUACGUCCGCCGUCCUUUGGAUCGCGAAGAACGCGACUAUUUCUCCUUGACAGUCACCGCCAAGGAUUCAGGUAACCCUCCGAGGUCCUCAGUGGUUCCAGUCGUCAUCCACGUGAUCGACGAAAACGACAAUCCCCCAAAAUUCACCAAUUCCACCUUCGUUUUCAACAUCCCCGAAAACGAACCACCGGAUUCGUUUGUGGGAAAAUUGACGGCCACCGAUAAGGACAUAGGAAGAAACGCAGAGCUCAUUUUUUCACUAUCUUCCACCCAAAAUGGCUUUUCAAUCGAUCCCAAGAAUGGUUUCAUUAAAACCCUCCAUGUAUUCGAUAGAGAAAACCUGGUUCAAACUACCGGACAGAAUUACAUAACUAUAGAGGCAAUGGUGACGGAUAACGGAAACCCAAAGAUGAAGGACAAAGUGAAAGUGAACAUAUUCGUGACAGAUGUUAACGACAAUCCACCGAAAUUCUUGAGAACACCGUAUAAAGUACAAAUUUCCGAAGGAUCUCCUUUAGGUACUCAAGUUGUCAGGAUAUAUACCACAGAUUCCGACGAAGGACUCAACGGUGACGUUUUCUACACCAUUAGUGAAGGUAACGAAGAUGGCAAAUUUGCAGUGGAUGAGGCUACAGGCCAAAUCACCUUAGCCAAACCGUUAGAUCGUGAAACCAAAUCGGAAUAUCAUCUAAUAUUGAUAGCACACGAUGCUGGUAUCAAUAUACAGUUGAGUUCUUCCACCACAGUGUACGUAGAAGUCCUAGAUGAGAAUGAUAAUGCACCUGAAUUCACACAGACAAGUUCGAGAAUCUCCAUUAUUGAAACAACACCUGUUGGAACGGAACUCAUUCAGUUUAGAGCUAGUGAUGCCGAUUUGGGAGUGAAUAGUGAAGUGACUUUCUCUAUAAGUGCUGGUAAUAGAAAAGAUACGUAUCACAUAGAUCCUAUAACUGGAAUAUUAUACUUGCACAAAGCUUUAGACUAUGAAGAAUUGGACAAUUAUCUAUUGAAUAUAACAGCUUCUGACAAUGGUAAUCCAAAACUGUAUACCACGAUCUUGUUUUCGGUAGCUAUAGAAGAUGCUAAUGAUAAUCCACCAUCUUUCCCAAACACUGCUAUAGUGAGGCAGAUAAGAGAAGGUAUUCCAGUCCACACACCUAUAGUGACAGUUACAGCAGACGAUCCAGACUAUGGUAUCAACGGAAAAAUAACCUAUUCUAUCUACCAGCAAGAACCUGAAGACAACAGAAGACACUUUGGUAUAAAUCCUGUUACCGGAGUAAUCCAUACACUCCUUCCCAUAGACAGGGAAACCAUAGACACGUUCCGUUUGACAGUCAAAGCCACAGAUCAAGCCCAACCAGAAUCAUCGAGGUUAUCAGCAGAAAAGUUAGUUACAGUGAUAGUAGAAGAUGUCAACGAUAACGCACCAGUUUUCGUCUCGAUGAACUCUGCAGUGUUACCACACUAUGAUAUGAAAUUCGAAAACGGAGGAGCUUUGAUCAUGAAUGUAUUCGCUAGAGACUUGGACUCUUCUACAAACGGUUUGGUGACUUAUGAAUUGAUAAGUGGCAACACUGAUCUUUUCCAGUUGGAUCAAAGCUUCGGCACUUUGAAAUUGCGCAGACCCAUUCCAAAUCCCCAGCCUACUUACAAAUUGUCCGUAAAAGCCACAGACGAAGCUGUGCAAAGUGAAAGAAAAUCCACAGAGGCUUAUUUGACAGUGAUUUGUUCUAAGGAAGAUGGUGUUGGACCAAAAUUCGACGAGAUGGCGUUCAGAGGAAGUGUUUACGAGAAUGAACCGGCUGGCACGAGUAUAUUGAGUGUUAAAGCGCGAUUUGGCGAUAACGACAUAGAAUAUUACGUGACGAAUGUGACAGGUGGUGGUGUGCAGGUUGAUCGGUUGUUUGACAUUGACGUUAAGUUGGGGGUGGUGUCAACUGCGACCGUUUUGGACAGGGAGGCUGGUGUUGAUGUCUACCAGAUCGAGGUUUAUGCUAUUGCGACUGGAGGUAGACCCAGGACGUCAAAAACAAAGGUUCAGAUAACGGUCUUGGAUAAAAAUGACAGCCCGCCAUCUUUCAAGGACCUGCCAAUGCACUAUACGGUAUCCGAAGAUCUUGGUCCUGGACAGAGUGUGGCAACGGUCAAAGCGGAUGAUCCAGAUUCUAUAGGGGAAUUAAGAUAUACGAUCAUUAAAGGGAAUGAUGGGCAUUUCGCUAUAGACGAGGAGUCUGGAGUGGUGCAAUUGGUCGAAGCACUGGACAGAGAAACGAAGGAUGUGUACAAGUUGAUCGUUAGGGCUGGGGAUGGUAACCAGUUCACCGAUGCCACAGUGACCAUAGAGGUUACCGAUACAAAUGACAACCCACCGGUGUUCCUAGAAAGCGUCUAUUCCUUCGACAUACCAGAAAAUGCGAUCCGUGGCUCCAAAUUGGGACAAGUCCAAGCUGUAGACCCUGACCUCGGGAUCAACUCUCAGCUCACCUACACAGUGAUCAGCGAUUGGGCCAACGAUGUCUUCUCCCUCAACCCUCAGAGUGGUAUCUUCACUCUGACCUCAAGACUUGACUACGAAGAGGUGCAACAUUAUAUCCUCGUGGUUCAGGCUCAAGAUGCUGGUUAUCCUUCCUUGUCUAGUACGUUGACAGUUUACUGCAAUGUGAUAGAUUUGAAUGACAAUGCUCCAGUUUUUGAUCCAAUGUCCUACAGCAAGGAGAUCUAUGAGAACGCCUCCAUCUCUUCUGCAGUCCUUACCGUCAGUGCUACAGACUCUGAUUCUGGAAAUAACGGACGAAUAGUGUACUCGAUAACAGCCGGAGAUGACAAAGGAGAUUUUAAAAUAUUGCCCAGCGGCGAAAUUUUGGUUAACAAGAAUUUGGAUCGUGAAGAACAGGCUCUCUACAAUCUGGUAGUUACUGCUACUGAUCAGGCUUCUGAUCCCCAAGAGCGACUAUCUUCAACUGUACAGGUAACAAUCACACUGAGAGACGUCAACGACAUGUCACCGGUCUUCAUAACACCAAACGAGACAACGGUAGCCGAAAACAUACCCUUCAACACCGUGGUGAUGGCGAUCAAAGCUAUAGAUAAAGACGAAGGAAGGAACGGCUACAUUGAGUACUCCCUUGUCAACGAUCCCCAAACCAACGGCAUAUUUUCCCUAGGGUCCGUGGACGGACUCCUGAGGGUUUCCGGUAACAUCGACAGGGAAAUCCGGAGCAACUAUACCCUUCUGGUGAGGGCAAGGGAUAGGGGUGAACCUCCAAAAGCCACCCAGAUGAAGCUUUUUGUGAAGGUUUUGGACGAGAAUGACAACAGUCCCAUUUUUGAUCCGAAACAGUAUAGCGCCUCCAAACCUGAGAAUGCCUCUAUUGGAACUAGUGUACUACAGGUAUCAGCAACAGACGUCGACGAGGGUCUCAACGGCCGCGUUCGAUACUCAAUAGUCUCCGGCGAUACCAACAGGGACUUCAACAUAGCCGAAGACACCGGAGUCAUCAGAGUGGCCAAGAACCUCAACUUCGAGAGGAAAUCUCGCUACCUCCUCACCGUCAAGGCGGAGGAUUGUGCAGGUGACAUCAACGGAGACGUGGUACGUUCCGAUGUGGCUGAAGUGUCCAUCUCCAUCUCUGACAUCAACGACAACCCUCCUACCUUCUUGGACUCCCCUUACCUGGCCUACGUGAUGGAGAACACUAUACCACCGAAUGGAGGUUAUGUAAUAACUGUUAAGGCUUAUGAUGCUGACACCCUGCCCUUCAAUUCUUUGGUGAAAUACUUCAUAAAGGAGGGAGAUACUGAUAUAUUCAGGAUAAAUGCGUCUACUGGGGAAAUCUCUCUACUCAGGGCUUUGGAUAGGGAGUUGCAAGCGGAGUACACAUUGUCUUUAGUAGCUAUGGAUACUGGUUCGCCACCAUUGACUGGAACUGGCAUCGUCAAAAUCAUCGUGCAGGACGUCAACGAUCACAGUCCCGAAUUCAAGAGGAAAUCUUACCACGCCACCAUUUCCGAGAAUUCACCCAUUGGGUCCUGGGUACUUACUCCAUCUGCAAUCGACAAAGACGCUGAUUUGAAUGCAAAAAUCAAGUAUUCGCUGAUUGGGGAUAAAGCUGAGAAAUUUUCGCUCAACCAAGACACUGGAGUCAUCACCACCGCUCAAGUAUUAGAUAGAGAAGAAAGUAGUUCGUAUUUCCUCACCCUGGUGGCCCAAGAUUGCUCAACGACAGAUCCCAAAGCUGCUGCUGUGAACCUGACCAUUACUGUACUCGAUGAAAACGACAACUCGCCUUCAUUCACAUCUUCUGAGUACGAAAUCUACAUCUCGGACAAGACAAGGAAGAACCAAUUCGUUUUCGGUGCCAAAGCGACUGAUCAUGAUAGUGGGGAGAAUGGAAAAAUUACCUAUUCUUUAGUCGGUCAACACUCCUCAAACUUCAACAUCAAUCCCAAAACAGGAGUCAUCAGAGCCUCACAUGACCUUAACCAGGCCCCCAACAAGGUCUUCCACCUUGAAAUAGAAGCUGAGGACGGUGGAAAAACAAGUAGAAAGACCAGCGCUGAGCUCAAAGUGUUUCUCAAACCAGAUCAUUUGUUCCCAAGAUUUUUACCGAGCUCUAAAACUAAAUUUAUGCUUCCUGAAAACGUGCACGAAGGGGAAAUUAUUGAAAAGUUCGAAGCCACAUCCCCGAAGAAAGGUGCUGUUGGUUCCAUAAAAUACGCUAUAGCUGGAGGCAACAUUGACGAUGCACUUGAAAUCGAUAAAACGACUGGAGAGGUUCAAGUAGCUGAGAAAGGUUUAGAUUAUGAGAGUUUUCCUCUAUACGACGUAUGGAUAGAAGCCAGAGAUUCAGAUAAUCCCCCACUGAGAAGUGUUUUACAACUUACCAUCAACGUCACUGACACCAACGACAACGCCCCAGUCUUCAGCACACCCCUCUAUAAUGCAACUGUCUUAGAAUCCGAAGCUCCACCACUUCUCGUGAUGAAAGUCACCGCCACUGACUUAGAUUCUGGUAUGAACGGACAAGUCAGUUACAAACUACUUGAAACUUUCGAAGACACUUUCGAAAUCGAUUCUGAAACUGGAGAAAUUUAUACAAACACAAAACUAGACAGAGAAGACAUUCCACACUACGAACUACCAGUAGCAGCAGUUGAUCAUGGUACCCAUCGUUUGACUGGUACUGCCACCGUUUUGGUCACUGUAUUGGAUGUCAAUGACAGUCCACCAGUCUUCACGAGAUUGUUCAGUGUCAACGUUACUGAGAACGCUGAAAUUGGCUCCUUCGUCAUAAGAGUUACAAGUUCUGACCAAGACAUAGGUGAAAAUGCGAAUGCAACUUAUAGAUUCACUGAAAACCCUGGAGGAAAAUUCAAAAUAGAUUCUGUUAGUGGAAACGUCACUGUAGCAGGUCAUUUGGAUAGGGAACAGCAAGAUGAGUAUCUGCUGAAGGUAGCUGCAGCCGAUGGAGCAUGGAAUAGUGAAACACCAUUGACUAUAACCAUCCAAGAUCAAAAUGAUAAUGCCCCAGAAUUCGAACAUUCAUUCUACAGCUUCAAUUUCCCUGAGCUCCAGAGAGAUAUAGUAUUUGUUGGUCAAGUUAUCGCAACUGAUAGAGACAAACAAGGACCCAAUUCUGUCAUAAGCUAUUCCACCCAACAACCAUCCGAACUAUUCACUGUAGACCCAGCAAGCGGUGAAAUAUUUAGCAAGAGAUCAUUGAAGUACAAAUAUACACAAUUCGAGAAUUCGCCAGAAAAUAUGUAUUCCCUAACUAUUCUUGCUAUAGACAAUGGCAAACCUCCAAUGUCCUCGGAAUGUCUUGUAACUAUCAACGUUGUCGACUCCAAUAACAACGCUCCUAAAUUCCUCCAAAAAGAAUAUCUAUCACCAGUACCAGAAGACGCUUCACCAGGCCAACAACUUCUGAAAGUAACCGCCAAAGAUGAAAAAGACGUUGGAGUUAAUGCUGAAAUCGAAUAUCUCCUAAUCAGUGGAAAUGGUAGUCAGUACUUCUUUGUCGAUGAGAGAACUGGUUGGAUCAGUGUGAAGGAAAGAGUUGGACAAGUCGGAUCUGUAUAUAAUCUAGUAGUAAGAGCAAUGGAUAAAGGAGUUCCUCCUCAACAUGAUGAUGUCUCCGUUAUACUUAUAAUCUCUGGUGAAAAUAUAUUCAGUCCUGUUUUCACAGCGCUCAGUUACCAAGUCAUCGUUCCAGAAAAUGAACCACUUGGAUCUACCAUACUAACUGUGAAUGCUAAAGAUAAUGAUCCAGGGCCCAAUGGAAUAAUGAGAUACAGAAUAUCAGCCGGUAAUGAGAACAAAAUCUUCGAAAUUGAUGAAGUUAGCGGAGCUGUAACAAUUCAGCAACCAUUGGACUACGAUACAAUAUCAGAAUACAGACUCAACAUAACUGCCAGCGAUCUGGGGUACAAACCUCAUGAAACCACAGCUACCCUGACUGUCAUCUUAACUGACAUCAAUGAUAAUGCUCCUGUCUUCAAUCAAACUUCCUUCGAUGCCUUUAUUUUCGAAAACCUACCACCAGGUACCUUCGUCUGUCAACUUAUAGCAAAAGAUAUAGAUUCACCUAAGAACUCCAUCAUUCAAUAUUCAAUAUCUGGAGGUUCAGGAAAAGAGUAUUUCAACAUAGAUUCAAAAUCGGGAGUUAUUACCUCUACAAAUAGUUUUGAUUACGAAGACAGAAAUUUGUUCAUUUUGAAUAUCAUUGCCAAUAAUCCCGACUCUACAAUGUUUGGAGUCACACAAGUCAACGUUCAAGUUACAGGUGUGAAUGAAUACUUUCCACGAUUCAUACAACCCGUAUUUCAGUUCGAAGUAUCCGAAUCUACAGAAGUUGGUACUAUUAUUGGAACUAUCCAAGCCACUGAUCAGGAUGCUGGGGAAGAUGGCAAGGUUUACUAUCUCUUCGUUGGCUCAAGCAACGACCGUGGCUUUGCCAUUAACUCAGAAACUGGAGCUAUAAGUGUAGCGAGAAAUUUGGAUAGAGAGACCCAGAACCGAAUUGUAUUGACAGUCAUGGCUAAAAAUUCAGGAGGUAUUCGAGGUAACGACACUGAUGAAGCACAAGUAAUCGUAACGGUGCAAGAUGGCAAUGAUCCACCUGAAUUCGUUCAUAACUUAUACGAAGCGCAUGUAUCUGAAGGAGCUCUACUUGGCACUGAUGUGAUCACAGUCAAAGCAGUAGAUAAAGACGUCAGACCCCAGAACAAUCAAUUUGGAUACUCAAUAAUUGGAGGUAACAUUGACCAUGUUUUCAAAAUUGAUCCGCAGAGUGGUGAGAUUCAAACUGCAAGAGCUUUGGACCGUGAAACAAUCGAAAUGUAUUCUAUUAUUGUUGGAGCUAUCGACACAGGGUUGCCACCUGAAACUGGAACAGCAACUGUUAAAAUCCACAUAACCGAUAUCAACGAUAACGGUCCAGUAUUCGAUGCUCCUCAAGUUGGUUAUGUGAUGGAAAAUGAACCUGCUGGCACUAAAGUGAUGACUUUAUCCGCCAAAGAUCCAGACUUGCCACCAAAUGGUGCACCUUUCACCUACGUCCUAGUUGGUGGAGAGCAUAAAGACUUGGUUAAAGUUGAUAAGCAUACUGGUAUUGUUACCACCCGGAAAUAUUUGGAUAGAGAACAAAUUCCUGAAUUGAAUAUUGUUGUUGAAGUUGAAGACAGUGGAAUACCUAAAAUGAAAUCCCAGCAUAAUGUCAAAAUCAUUGUUUUAGACCAAAAUGACAGUCCUUCAAUGCCAAGAUCAGUACAUGUAAUUGUUUACGCCUUCAAUGAUCAUUUUCCUUUGGGUAAAAUAGCCGAUAUACACCCUAAUGAUCCCGAUACAACUGGAGAUUACAAAUGUAAGAUAAUACAAAAAUCGAGUUCUUCUUCCAUGUUAUCAAUCCCACAUGCUUGUGACCUACAUACAUCUAUGAUCACACCAAACGAAGGAUAUUCUCUUUCUGUAUCAGGAAAUGACGGCAAACAUCAAGAUGUAAAAUCAUCAGUUACAGUAGAAUUCUUAACUUUCACAAACAUGACCAUUCAAAAUUCAAUUACUGUAAGAAUAUCAAAUAUGACUUCCAAAUAUUUCCUUCAGCAUGUAUACAGGGGUAUGUUAGAAUUCUUCAAAGACAAUUUGGAGUAUGGAGAAGCCUUACUAGUUUUCGGAUUGCAUGAAGUUGAAAAAGAUGUUGAAAUCACUAUUGCCAUAAGAAAAGAUUCAGGUUACAGAGACAAAAACUACGUAAAAGAAAAAUUAAAGCAUAAAAGAAGUAGCUUUCAAGGUAACUUUAACCUCCAUGAUUUUAUCAUUGAUUACUCUCCCUGCGAAGAAGAUAUAUGCGAAAAUGGUGGUAUAUGCACACACCAAAUAAAUGUUAAAAGAAAAACUGAAAUCACAGACACACAAAACAUUAUUUUUACCUCCCCUCUUAUUUCACAUGAUAGGAAGUGCGAAUGUGCAACUGGAUUCACUGGUGAGAAUUGUGGAAAGAGACAAGACCCUUGUUCACCUAACCCUUGCAAGAACAAAGGCCAAUGUAGAAAACAAGGCUUCAACUUCCAAUGUAUAUGCCCACCGCAUAAAGAUGGAAAAUUGUGUGAACUCGAGAAAGGCGACGUUUGCUCCGAAAAUCCUUGCAGAAAUGGUGGAUCCUGUCGCGAAAGUCCAGAUGGUUCAUCCUUCUUUUGUCUCUGCAGACCUGGUUACCGCGGAAAUCAAUGUGAAGCCUUGGCAGACUCUUGCAGACCAAAUCCUUGCUUGCAUGGCGGCCUUUGCAUUGGUUUGAAACCGGGGUAUAAGUGUAGUUGCACUGAUGGCAGAUAUGGAAGGCAUUGUGAAAAAUCAACAUUUGGGUUCCAAGACUUAUCCUACAUGACUUUCCCAUCUUUAGACGCAGCAACUAACGAUAUAUCAUUCAUUUUUGCUACGAGUAAAGUCAAUUCUCUUCUUAUUUACAACUAUGGAAUCCAGACUGGAGGAAGGAGUGACUUCGUUGCUCUGGAGUUACUUGAUGGAAAAGCAGUGUUUUCAUUUGGAGGUGCCAGGACAGCCAUCACAUCUAUAAAUGUAAAGGGAAAAGGAGGCAACCUGGCUGAUGGUAAUUGGCAUAAAAUUACGGCCACAAGAAACGGCAGAGUUGUUUCAUUGAGCGUCAGCUCCUGCAACGAACAUGGUGAUGUAUGUGAAGACUGCAGAGCUGGAGACUCUUCGUGCUAUGCGGAUGAUAUUGGACCUGCUGGGACCCUGAACUUCAACAACAACCCUCUACUGGUAGGAGGCCUGGAUAAAGCAGAUCCAAUCUUAGAAAGACCAGGCCAAGUGCACUCUGAUGAUUUCGUCGGUUGUGUCCAUAGCAUAUCAGUGAACGGACGUCUUUUGAACCUCAGCAACCCAAUCCAUUCUGAAAACGUGAAGAACAACUGCGCCAGAAAGGGAUCCUGCACCAAGAUAUCAGAAAAUCAUUGCUAUGGACACGGAACAUGCUUGGACAGAUGGAAUACCAUAAGCUGCAAGUGUGAUGGGGGACUCAUAGCACCAAAUUGUGGAGCAGCUCUCCUUCCAAUAACUGUGACUGGCGGAGGAUAUGUUGAGUUUGUGCCUUCUGAAGUGCAUAAACGUAUGCAGCUUUUGGAAACCUUCUACAAGGGCUCUACUAUUUGGACUGACUCCCAUCAAAGAAGAGCACGGUCUCUGUCUUCGACUCUAACUUCUACCACGAGUAACCAUAUUUCCAAAGCGAUAAGUUUCAUGUUCAGAACUGUAGAGUUGAACGGUGUUCUUUUCUAUGUGACAAGCAAUAAAUACUUCACUUCCUUGGAAAUAAUAGAUGGCCAGAUCACCUACAUGAGUAAACUUUCCAGCACAGUAAACAUGACUGCAUCUCAUCAGAAAGUCAAUGAUGGCGUUUGGCACAAUCUGACCCUCCGUUCUCAAGGUAGAGUACUAGAACUGUUUCUCGAUGGUUCAAGAAUUGCUGAAGAAUUAGAUUCAGCUGGAGUUCACGAUUUUCUCGAUCCAUAUAUAACCUAUAUUUCUCUGGGAGGAGUAAGAAGAAACAUGUAUUAUGUGAAAGACACACCACCGAAUUCUCUCGAAGGUUGUUUCGCCAAUUUCUCCAUCAACAACGAAGUCCAAUCUUUCACUACACCGGGAAGUAUUUUCCAAGAAAUAAGAAUGAUUGGUAAAGUAACACACGAUUGCAAAGGACUUAUCGGAGUUGGAACUGCCAAACAAACAAAUCCAUUAAGUAUUGGAAUCACAUUGGUGAUAGUUUUCUUCGUAGUUUUACUUAUUGCCAUAUUGGUGUCAUUUGUAGUAUUCAGAUUGAGGAAGCAGCAUAAAGAAAAGAAUGGAAGUCCAGGCAGUCCUUCUGGUAUUCAUAGCAAGCAAAAUGGCAAUAGUGCUUCCAUGGGUAUCAGUUUGAACUCAAUUGGUGAUAGUAUCCUUGGCAGAAAUAUGCAUUCUAAUGAUAAUUCCAUGGGUUACCAUAACGAAACUAGUGACGUUAUUCGGGGAAUUGGUGGACAUCCUCUAGCAGGCCCUGAGUUGCUGUCAAAGAAGUAUAAAGAGAGAGAAUUGAACGCUGGAGAACUGCCUAGACCUCAAAGACCGGAUAUUAUAGAACGAGAGGUUGUCAGUAAAAGUCCACCAAUGAGAGAUGAACAUCAUCCACCACUGCCACCUACAUCUAACCACAAUCAUGAUCACUCCAAUGAUUUGAACUCAGAAAUGCCUGAACAUUAUGAUUUAGAAAAUGCUAGUUCUAUUGCACCAUCUGAUAUAGACAUUGUAUACCAUUAUAAAGGAUACAGGGAAGCUGCUGGUGUUAGAAAGUACAAGGCGACACCCCCCGGAAUCGGUGGCUACCACCACAAGCAUUCCUCAGCUCAAGGACAAGCACAACAUCGACACUCUCCCCACCAUCCCGGUGGCUUUCCUCCAAGGGCUCCACCAGUAACCAGCCCAUCAUCGAGGCCCCACCAAACCACUCCCCUCGCCAGACUUAGCCCCAGUAGUGAAAUGAGUGCGGCUCAGCAUCCGAGAAUAUUGACAUUACACGAUAUCAGUGGUAAACCUCUUCAAAGUGCCUUAUUAGCGACUACCUCGAGUUCGGGUGGGGUAGGUAAAGACGCUCUCAAUAGUAAUAGUGAACGUAGUUUGAACAGUCCUGUGAUGUCCCAGUUGAGCGGACAAAGUUCGGGAAGUCGAAAAAACCAAGUGCCACCACCAGUGUCGAACCCUUCUUCGGGUAUGACGCUAACUUCGGAAGAGUUAGAAAGACUGAAUAGUAGACCGCGCAACUCAAGCCUAGUCUCGACUUUGGAUGCAGUUUCCAGCUCCAGCGAAGCUCCUAGAGUCAAUGUAAACGCUCAUUUGAAUCAUCUGAGGCGUUCCCCUGUACCAGAAACACACCAUAGUUCGACCACCACUGACGAGAGUGGUAACGACAGUUUCACCUGUUCAGAGAUAGAAUAUGAUAAUAGCAGUAUUACAGGUGACAAAUAUAAGCCUAGUGAGCCUGAACCUAGACGUAAUAAUUCUAGUUCUAGUAGUAACAAAAACAAUGCACUACCUCCCUCCUAUGAUGGUUUCGAUUCCUCCUACAGAGGCUCGAUGAGUACCCUUGUGCCCUCAGACGAUGAGAUGGGAAAUGGUCAGAUGUACAGGCCUUCCACAGGGUCACCAUCUACGGCCACCCUUGGGUGGGACUAUUUUUUAAACUGGGGUCCUAAUUUCGACAGUUUAGCUGGGGUAUUCAAAGAUAUCGCUGAAAUGCCGGAAUCUGUGAAUGGACGUGUACCUUCAUCUUUACGAUUAGCGAACGCUCCAAAGCCCUCUGAAGAAUAUGUAUAGUAAAUAUUUUGCAAUAGACUGGAAACAAAUUUUCGAAGCCUUGUAUCAAGGUGUUUUGUAAUUUCUUGCCAUAUUAUGUGUAAUUUUUGUUGUAAAAACUGCUGUGACUUUUUUAAAUUGUAUAUAUUUAGUAUUUAAUAGACUUUGUAAUUGAAUUUUAAUUAAUUGAAUAAAAACUAACU